AUGGCGGCGUUGCCCGAGGGGAUGCAGCUGGUGAGUGCGCUGGAUGACGCCGAGCUCAAGGCACUCUCGCCUAUGAGUGGCGACGAAGCGUCAGCUUCUGAGCACGUGCGACGUGCGCUGCUGCUUCCGCUCGAAGGAGACGACGCACUGGACGUGGACAUGGACAUCGACGUCGACGUCUUCCGGCCGAGCGCAAUGCUAGACGCGCAGCUUUCCGAUGCAUUUGGUGAAUCAGGUGAGCUCUACUUCGGCUCCAGCUUUCAACCUGAUCUGGGCAGCGCAGAGGAGGAUAUCGAGCAGAUGCUGCUAAGUGGCUCAGAAGAGUCUCUUCAUAGUCAUCACCAGCAUGAAACAGCACCUGGACAGGGCUGUCAGUGUCGAAAUUUCGCUAUUAGGGCCAGUCGCGUACAGGCACAACACGAGCGCGUCGCAGCGGCCUCAAUGGCCCCAAAAGAUCAGAAAAGAGUGCUGCGUCACACUUUUGGGUCCGGGAAAAGACUACAAGGCUUUGGGUUCGGGGCAGGAGCAGUGGUGGAUCACUCUCAGCAACAGGAUAUCGAAAUGUCCGACGGACAGUCCACGCAAGUUGAUUUAACGGUGAAACCAGAGGUUUCAGCAGCGGAGUAUGCGGCUACACUGGCAGAAAUGACACAACUAUUUCCAGAUCCGAUUCUGGCUAAGCAGGAGGCGAUUCUAUCUACACCAGAGCGCGUGGUGCGGUCGCUGGAGGAAGAUCCGAUAUAUAGCAGCCCAUUGCAGCGUAGUCAGUCGCUGUCUGCUGUGUCCAGUCCACUAAGCACAACUAGUUUCGUGUCAUUGGAAAGUAUGAUGGCCACGCCAUUAUCGACGACGUCACGGUCGUCUACACACUCUGAGAAGCCGGUGAUGAUGCGCUCAUUGUCACCGGCCGAUGAGCUGGAGAAGAUGGCAACAAGCGGCUCCAAAACGUCAAUGCCAAAGAUGAAUAUGCUCAGGGGGAACUUCCAGGUCUCCCCGGGACAUGAUACGGUGCCGUUGGUGAAACCCACUGCGGUUCUGCCCCCGCCGUAUCUACGGGGAGCUCUGGCUUCCCCUGAGAAGCGUCGCGCACACUCGAAGACUUUUAAUUCGUUCGCACAGUCAUUAUCAUUUUCAUUCUCGAACGAAGCAUCGGCCGACAGGAGCACUUCAACUUCGAGUAUGAAUGCAUCUACUCGUGUUGCAGGCACCGCUGCCAUCUUCCUUCGGCCACUACGUGACGCAGCGUUGGCUGCUAGUGAAGCUGCGACGGCUGAGGAGGCUCGACGGAGACAACGAGUGGAAGCUGAACUUGCAGAAGCCAAGUCUGCGGCCCAAGCGAAUGAUUGUGAGCGAUUGGAUGCUCAACUACAAGCAAAGCAAGAGGCACAGCGAGCGCAAGAACUGGAAUUGGCGCGGAACGAACAGGUGCACGCACGAUCGUUGUUGGAACAAGAGUUAUUGACCCGCGAACAACAAAACCAAGAGCUGAAAAAAGCACGAAAACAGCUGGAGAACCAGCUACAUGCUACAAAUGAGAGUGCUCAACGUUUCCAGGUCAAUAUUAACUCCACUGACCAAGCUCUCGAGCUGCAGUUCACAAGGCAAUUUAACGCCAAGACCGCAAUGCCAUCCUUUCAGUCAAUCGUACUAAACGCUGUGGCUCUCGCGACGUGUCUGUUUGCUACCGGCGCGCGUGCCGAGCUACCAACUGCCAAGCUCACACACCCUUCAGGGUCAAACGCCGAGGUGUUCCUCUUUGGCGCGCAUGUCAAGUCGUUCCAUGCGGCCCAAGACCCGACUCGUGACGUCAUUUUCCUAUCAAAACAUUCCUUCCUGGACGGCGUGAACCCAAUCAUGGGCGGCACUCCUGUCGUGUUCCCUAACUUCGGAAGUGCCAAAGGUCUCCCUGGUCACGGCUUCGCUCGCGUGACCAACUGGACGCUGGCCGUUGUUGAAGAGGCUGCUGACGCUGCUAGCUCUACAGUCGCUACGUUUACUAUGGCUGCGAGUGACAAGACCCGCAAGAUGUGGCCUGUCGACUUCGAGCUUAAGUACGAGGUCAAGCUGUCGGCUAAUCAACUUGAGACGGCUCUCAUUGUACACAACACGCACACAGAGGAGAUCGACUUCCACGCAUUGCUGCACAACUACAUUUACGUGGACGACGUUCGCGACGGAAAGACCAAGGUGGCCGGUCUCUCCGGUCUCAAGUACUUUGACAAGGUCGCUAAGGUGAACAAGACACAGGAUGCAGAGCUCAGCAUCACUGCUGAGACGGACAGUAUCUACUACAACGCUCCGUCGACCUUGACGAUCUCUUCUAAGGGCGUCAAUGCUGCUGACCGCACAGUGGAGAUCGAAAAAUCCGGUUUUAUCGGUAAUGGAGCGGUCCAGACUAAGCAGGACACCGACGCUGUGAUCUGGAACCCGUGA